AUGGCAUCUCUCGACACUCCAGAGCUUCAGUCCAAUUUCUCUGAUUUCACCCUGCCAGGACUCAAAGCUCGGGCUGAUCGCCUUCAGCGUUUGAUAAUUACAAUGGCGCAUUCCUACAGCCUUACCAACAACCCACGAAAUCUGGAAUGCUAUCUUUAUGGGCCUUGGGACAUGGUUCUGAACGACCUCAUUUACGACAUUGGUCCACAGAUAUUCGUGAUACCUCAACAGAGCAUUUACCCUUUUCACCGAAAUGCCAUCCUGCAGAGAAUUCAAGAGAAAAAAGAGGCAAAAGAUCGUCAAGCAGCUUUAGAGAAUAAGAGAAGGGAAAACAUGCGCAGUGGACGACAGGCGUCCAAUACCAGGGGUAACGCAACCUCCUCGCGCCAGGCCCGAAUGGCGCCGCAGCUGCAACCGCAGCAACAGCCCACCAUCCAAGGAUCCUCCGCACCUCAGUCCCCGGAUGCGAGCCAGCAUAAUGUCGGCGAUACAUCUUUGGAGACCCUUCCCGAUCAAAAAUCCGAUGAACUUGCACCAGACUUCGUCCUUCUCUCUGUCCUCGAGUUCUUUCUCCGUGGAACCCACCCGAAGGAACCAUUGACGAUUGAGGAUCUUCCGAAAAACCUCGCUGAAUGGGAUACGGUCAGAAUUGGUCGCUCCAGAGUGGAUUUGGUCGCAGAGGUCAAACCAGCCAUAACUCGUCACCCCAAAGACAGAGAUCGCUUCAACCGGCAACUCCUUGCUCACAUGGCAUCCGCGCAAAAACAAGCAGUGCAGCAAGUUGAACGCGCUUUCAAAGCACAGGCAGACGAGUCAGUGUUGGAAACCGUUUUGGCUCUAGCGUGCAUUGGGGAAUGGUGGAGUUGGGUUGUCGUCAAGAGGGAGAAUGCCGCCUUGUUAUUGGAGAUCGCAACGGCGAAUGAGGAGAGUUCUAGUCGAGCGGAGAGGGAGGCAGCAGCAGCAGAGAAGGAGGCAGCAGCAGCGGAGAGCCGUCGGAAGUUCUCGAACUUCAAAAUUCCACAGAGUGAACCAGACCUAACCUACCGGCCAAGUCAGUCUGUGAAAGGAGCAUCAAGGGUUCCGAGGUCACCUCGAGCCGGGGCAAGUCAACCAAUAGGCCACUAUAAGGAGCCUAGUGACGAAGAAGUAAACGUGGACCCUGACAACCUGGUGCCAUUUCGUGCUCCUUCUCCAAGUCGCACUGCAGCUUUGAGACAACCCAGAGCUUUGAAAGAGCGCAAGACGAGAGCCCGACUGGUGCCUAAGGCCACGUUGGUCUCGAUCACGCAGCCUAUCCAUGACGACGUUGCUGACGCCGUUCCACACCUGCUGUGGUCACGCUACUUGCGACUUGGAACGGGCGCUUCAAACCAAGCGUUCUAUUUGAUCCACCAUUUUAUCCAAUACAGGUCAUUCCCUGCACGCCAGCCUCAGACUGCGGCCACGACGAACCGUCGACCGCGCUCCAAGUCCUCCGAAUCACCCACGACAGAGGACAAUCCUCCAAAGAGGCAGAAAGUAGGCGGCUCUACCGACCUUGACCCCGACGAUCAAGAAGACCCCGACGGCGUUCAAGGCCCUGGAAUAGACGAGGACAUCCCUUUAGAUCCCCGAGACUCUGACACCUGGAGCACGGACCGCAGGAACAGGAAGCGCAGGCUUGGCGGUGGCGACGACGACAGCGACGACAGCGAGGACGAUGAUGACAAUAACGGAAACUUCUUUGGUAGUGAUGACCAGCCACAGGCCGCGGACACAAGCGGGCUCUCCGAGCAGGAUUUUGGUGGAUAUGACGAUGAUGAUGCAAACGACGGUGACGACGAAGCCGAGGACUGA